CAUCCUAAUAUUGAAAAUAAUAAUACUAUUAGCUUACAAGUGUGUCGAGUUUUAAUUUAGAAAUUAAAAAGUAUUAAUUUUGUAUAAAACAAAUUUUAAAAAAUGUGAUUAAUUUUGUUCGCGCCGUUGUUUAAAUGCGAAUUUAAACGGACUACCUAAGCAAACUGAAAUAUACCAUUUGUAUUAUGAUUUGAACGAUUAAAGUUGCAUCUCAAACACUAUGAUGUUGUCGUCAAUCGGAAACCAGUCUUCGAAUCAAACGUUAAGGCUAGUCGAUAGGAACCGACUUGUCGCUCAACGGCUGCGGGUGAUACCGAACGAAAAACUAAUAUCCAACCCGGUGGAAACGACAAAUUUCCAACACAACCUAUUGGAAAACUUGUGGGACUUGCAAUCCGAAUUCGACAUCAACACCCCAAACACUAACGGCAAUGAACUAUUGGAAAUCAGCAACAGUCAAAUGUCGGAUAUUUUCCGCGACUUUUCCGACAAUCAAAAUACGAUAUGUAAAGAGGAAACGAGAAAACCUGCUAUCAAUUAUAAAAUAAUCAAAGGGUCGGGGUUUUACUCUUGCGAGUCGUGCCCGUUUCUGUGUUUAAACGUCAAACUGUUUUUGGAACAUAACGAAAAAGACCAUAAUUUUCAUCAUUUACCUCUCAAGUCUUUGCUGAAAACUAAGUGCAUUGGAUGUGAUAACGUGUUCUAUUCGGUUAACGUGCUCAGGUGUCAUUUAAUCGAAGACCACGACGUGUUGCCCGGCGAGAUCGAAGAAAUGGUACAGUUAGUUAUCGAAGCCAACAAGGAAGAAACGUUAGUUUUAGAAAACGGUGACAUGCCUCGAAUAGAUAACAACUUGGACGAUAUAAACGAUACAAUAUUAGACGAUCAUCAAUUUGACCUACAGUCGCAGUUCGAAGAACCACAAAAACAAACUACAGAAGAUAACAAUUUCAAAGACAAUAAUUGCCAUCAAAAUGAAACUUUGGUUACUUUUUGGGAUUCUCAGCAAGUAGUAUUUAGCGAAUACCAAGAUACAAGUAAUAUAAUAAACGAUUCAAAUUCUGUGGAUAAGCCUUUCAGGUGUACUUUUGGCAACUGCAAAUUGAGGUUUAGAUCCGAAGAGAACUUAAAAUAUCAUAAACAUUGUCAUUCCGAUGAUGGAUUUCGAUGCAACGAAUUCGAAUGCCAGUUCACAGACAGAAAAUGGACUACAAUGAUGUCGCACUUGUGGAAAACACAUAAUAUCGACAUAGAAAUGUUUAGUUGCGACAAAUGUAAUUUUAAAACAAAUAGUCUGUACAAACUGAAUAGUUUUCAUAAGAAUAUUCAUCAAGAAGAAAGGCCAUUUUUGUGUACAGAAUGCGGCAAGGGCUUUAAAUCGGUCAAACAAUUGAGAAACCACAAAAUAAUACAUACUAAAAGCGACAAACCGUUGAGGACAGAUUUGACGUGUUUACAUUGUUCUCAAACGUUCUCGUCCAAAAGCCUGCUACACCAGCACAUAAGUAGUAUACACAACAAAGCUCGACCGUUUUCCUGUGACGUCUGCGGUUAUAAAACGGCCGUUGCCAGUUCGCUGAGGUUACACAUGCGAUCGCACACCGGCGAGAAGCCGUUCAAAUGCGACGAAUGUGGAUUUUGUACGGCGGAUCAUAACACCUUGAGGAAACACAAAAUGAGACACACGGGCCAGAAGAACUACACGUGUCCACACUGUAGUUACUCUUGUAUUCAAGCCACCUCGUACAAGAAACAUUUGAACACCAAACAUCCAGGACUAGACGACGGUUUCAUGUACAGCUGCGAUAUGUGCAAAUUUAAAACGAUACGAAAAGACAUAUAUAUGCUUCAUAUAGUCAGACAUAAAGAGGAAAUAUUACAAAAAAAUGGAGUGUGCGAACCUUUAGUUAGUUUACAAGAAGUUGUAAACAGUAAAGAAGAAAUUCAAGUGGACAAUACCGAACAGUCGUAUCUAUUUAAUAUGAUACGCGUAAAGCCUUUGGAUACGUUGAAACCUAAUGAAGUAUUAUACUAACCUUUGGACUUUUUUGUUUAUAACUUGUUCAGGCGCUAGUGAAAUCAGAUAUCGUACGGUCCAGGUCGGUUCGGCGCUGUAAAUUAUAAUUUAUUUUGUGUUCAGUGUACAAUUUUAGUCAAUUAGCAAAUUAUUUUACGGUGUACAUAAAAUAUUUUAUACUUUUGUUUUUGUUAUUCCAAGUUAUUAUGUGAUCGCUCAAUUUAACUCGUUAAUAUAAAAAUAUUUCAUGCGUUAA